AUGGAGUUAUCAACGGAUUCAGAGAAACAGCAUCUGAUUGAGGCUCACUUGGAGCCUCUUGGUUGGACGAGUUCUCCAGUGGACAAAUUCUCAGACUCCAGUGAAGAUUCCUCCAGCGUGGACGGUCUGUGGCAACCAGAGCGGCUCUGCCAGGAGACUGAUGUGACGUCGGGGGCUGAAAGCGACACAAAACGUUUGGCCAGGAGGAAACUUUUCAUCGCCUGCGCUCUCAGCCUGGUGUUCAUGACCGGGGAGGUGAUUGGUGGAUACGCUGCUUCCAGUCUGGCCAUCAUGACAGAUGCAGCUCAUCUUCUGACGGAUUUCGGGAGCAUCUUGAUCAGCAUCUUCUCUCUGUGGAUCUCAUCGAGGCCUCAGACGCAAACCAUGACCUUUGGGUGGCAUCGCGCAGAGAUCCUGGGCAUACUGUUGUCAGUUGUGUCCAUCUGGGCCAUGACAGCGGUGCUGGUCUUAUCAGCCAUACAAAGGAUCACUGAUGGCGACUACGACAUCGACAGUCAGAUCAUGUUGAUAACCUCAGGCUGUGCCGUGGGGGUCAAUGUCCUGAUGGUCCUGAUCCUCCAUCAGUCCGGUGCACCCCACGGCCACAGCCACGGGUUUUCCACCAGCCGGCCGCAGGGGGACAGGGAGCGGAGGAGCCACGGCCACACUCACGGACACGGCAACGCCAGCGUGAAGGCGGCCUUCAUCCACGUGGUGGGUGAUCUGCUGCAAAGUGUCGGGGUCCUGCUGGCCGCCACCAUCAUCCACUUCUGGCCUGAAUAUAAAGCAGCGGAUCCAAUUUGUACGUUCCUGUUCUCAGUUCUUGUUCUCGGGACAACAGUUCCAGUCACAAAGGAUGUUUUUAGGAUACUGAUGGAGGGCAGCCCUCAGGACGUUAACUGCAACACUGCAAGAGAGUUGCUGCUGUCAGUCAGAGGAGUCGCAGGUGUUCACAGUUUGCACGUGUGGAGCCUCAACAUGACUCACUCUUUACUCUCCGUCCACGUGGUCACAGAGGAAGAUGUUGAUACGCAGACCGUCCUCCUGAACGCAACAAAGAUCCUGCGCUCCGAGUUUGGUUUCUCCAGCAUCACGAUCCAAGUGGAGCGUGGCAGUGCCACCGCUGACGGUUCCGGGACUGUGAGAUGA